ACAAAUUCAGAUAAUUGGAAACAGUUAUUUUACGUUAUUAAUUCGGCUUAUCCUCUUAUUAAUGUGCUUUAAAGUGGCGAAUCCACCGGAAUUUUCGCCGGCGAGGGAAGGGGAGGAGGAAGAGUUGGCGACAGCAGCAACAAUGUUCUCGGGUCGGUGGAGGGCGGAAGAGAUGUCUGCGAUGGUUUCGGCUUUAACACGAGUUGUCUCCGGCGAAGAGCCGGCUAUGACCGGUGGCUAUUUGGAUUCUGCUGGUUCAGCGUCAGCACCACCGUCUUCUUUGUAUAAUGCUUCUCUGUUAUCCCCGCAUUCUAUGUUUGGUGCGGGUGUUGGCGGUGGCGGAGUGAAGAGAGAGAGAGACGAGGAGUCAGUGAUAGGAUACUAUUCUGGAGCACCAGCCUCCAUCUCUCACUCCGCAUCCUCCUCGCAAGCUCCGUCAAUGGAAGAAACAACUCCUUCCCAAGUAGAAACUGAAAACCAACCUCGCCGGCGAUACAGGGGAGUACGGCAGCGCCCAUGGGGAAAAUGGGCGGCGGAAAUCCGCGACCCGCAUAAAGCUGCUCGCGUUUGGCUUGGAACCUUCGAUACUGCCGAAUCCGCCGCACGAGCUUACGAUGAAGCAGCUCUUCGCUUUCGUGGCAGCCGUGCGAAGCUCAACUUCCCGGAAAACGCGCGUCUCCAGCCGCCGGAGAUAGUUUCAAGCGGCCAGUUUCUUGGCUCCCCUGUUUCCAGUGCGUCGAGGGAUUAUUUGGAGUAUUCAAGAUUGUUGAGAGGAGAGGGACAAUAUGCUAACUUGCUUAAUAAUGAGAAUAUUUUGAAUUCAGCUUCCCCUCUUUCUUCUUCUUCAACGUCGUCGUCGUCUUCAACAUCGUCUUCCUCUGUUUUGAAUACGUUUUAUGGAUUGGGAGGAGGAGAGCAGCAGAGGAUGGGGUAUUUGGGGCAGUCCGGGAUUUGGGGGACGAGUUUUCCGGCUACGAAAUGGGAGGAUUCCGACGAGUUUCCGCCGUCGUCUUCAGGCUAGGCAGAGAAGAGUAGUUAGUCUAGGUGGGGAGUCGGCUUUAAUUGCAGGGUGGUUUUUAUUUUUAUUUUUUCUUAUGAAGCUGUAAUUUUGUUUUUCUUAUUUUUUUUUCUUGGGAAUUUGGGGAAAAUAAAGAGAUAAGCCUGUGAUUUAUAUUUUUAUUAUUAACUUGUAAUUUUCAUGGCUUCAUGGCUGUCCAUGGAGCACAGUCUCAAUAAUUAAAAUUAUAUAAAUAUUAA